AUUACGGUGAAUCCGACGCGGAGACAGGCCUUGAUGUCGAAUCAUUAGCUGCAUCUGAUUCUGGGGAGUCGCAAUCGUCGGUCAUCAUGAGUGAGGUGACAGAAGUUGAGGGGAAAAAGAAUGUCCAAGAUACUGCUAGUGCAGAUGAUAAGAGGGAUAUGUUCAUGCAGAUAAUACAAAUGACUUUUACGUCUCACGAGGCUGCGUAUGAUUUCUACAACAGCUAUGCUAGAGAUAAUGGUUUCAGCAUUAGAAAGAAUAGGGUCAGGUAUAGCAAAACCGAGUCACGUCAUAUGCGUUAUAGGCGGUUUGUUUGUUCCAGACAAGGAAAACGUGACAGCAGGUUGCUAACCGAGGAAGGACACAGCCGUAGGCUCAGACCCGAGACACGCUGCCACUGCGAAGCGCACCUGACCGUGAAGCUUGACCAAAAGCGUGGGGUUUGGUAUGUUGAUAGUUUUGAGGACAAGCAUAGCCAUAUCUUGGCAGGACCGGACGAGGUACCUUUUCUUUGGUCCCACAGAAAAAUCAAAGAGUACCAGAGAGCUGAGAUACUGUCCAUGGGAGCUGCAGGGAUUAGAAUUCACGACAUGAUGGAUACCUUCAUCAGCAAACAUGUAUGGUAUGGCGGUGUUGGUUUUACCAGGCGUGAAAUAUACAACCUUUGCGCCAGGGAGAAGAGGAAGCUGCUUUCAAAAGGUGAUGCUGCCACAGUCAUAGGCAUCAUGGUCAGUAGGAAACAGAGGGAUCCUAGCUUCUUAUUCGAGUACAAGCUAGACAAGGAAGGACAUAUGAAUAGGAUGUUCUGGUGUGACUCCCAGUCUCGUCAUGACUAUGAGGACUUCGGCGACGUGCUUGUAUUUGACAGCACGUACAAGAUGAACCGGUAUGAUGAUGGUGAAGGCAACAUAGUUGAAGUUCAUGAUCCUAUUAAAGUAUCAACGAAAGGUGCAACUAAGGAAGAAGUGAAAUGUAACUAUUUGGAAUGGGUAGACCCGGAGUGGUCAGUGGCUACGAAGUUCUGCCUGAGAGAACUGUGGAGCAUGUAUGACGAGAAGCUGAGACAGAAUAUUAAGAAUGCUGAAGAAAAAUGCAUGUUAAUUAGAGAAAAGAGGAGGACGGAGGAAGAGCUGAGAUUUUUCAAAAUGGACUUUGCUAAACUGGUGGCUGAUAAGGAGGAUGCUCUCACGCAGUUGGGCAAUGCAAGAUGGUCACUUAGCGAUCUCAAAGAGGAGCUGGAGAAGAAUAAGAUGGCAGAUCAUGGUUGUGCCAAUCUACAUCAGGUCCUGAGGGUAAAGGCUGAGAAAGACCGGGACCGGGUGGUGCUAGAGAGAGACCAAGUGAUGAGAGAGAGGGACCAACUCUGA